AUGGAUGCAUGGUCAUUGGCGAUGAAGGACGAGAGCAAAUCACAUGUGGAAGACAGUAACAACAAGUCUGAAUCUGAUGACACCUUGGUUCAACUCCUUAUUGAACGAGUCGACCAUGUAGAAACCAAAGUCCAGCACUCUGAAGCGGAAAUUAAGAAACUACAGAGGAGGUUAUCGAUCGCUGAAAAAAGAAUCUCACCGCUCGAUAACAACCAUUUACCAUGGCGUAGGAUCGGAAAUGAGGAAGAAGAUGACUUAUCAGUGAGCAGAUGCGAAGAAGGAGAAUUCAAUGAUUCUGAUAUUAAGGCAGAAGAGGAGUAUCAAUUGCCCCGGGACGUGUACUCCAUCGUUUCCUCGUGGGAAUUCAACAGUCGACCCUUUUGGAUAUCCUUAUUGGUUAUUGCGGUUCAAAUUGUCCUUCUAGCACUCCUACUUACAGAUCAGACUCAAGGCACAGCAGAGGCCGAUGUAGUGGUAUUCCCGGUCAAUGUCCCUACUAUUGUCCAUUUAGCUCAGGCGCUUGCGACUAUUAUUGCCAUUAUGGAUCAAGAUGAUCUGCGAAGUGCUAUUGAGGCAUACUUUGAUGGCCUACCGACAAGGUUCAAGGGAGAUGAUGGAUUUCAACGAAUGACCAAGGCUCAAUGGAAUUUCUCUUGCUUCAUUCGGUUCUUCCAGGGUUUCCUCUCUGUCUUGGCCUCUUUUGUUCUUGCUGUUCAAUCACAGACGGUAUUUGAUGUUUUGCUGAAUUUCUUGGGAGUAAAAUUCGUUUCCGAACUUGAUGAUCUAGCCUUUAACCUUGGUCAGCUCGGGUAUUUUGGAAACCAAUGCGAACAUGCUGCAAAAUGUAUUGCAGAAGCAAAGUUUCAGCAAGACAACAGAAACAGGGUCGACGAGAGCUCUUGGAGUCGAGCCUGGUUCUACAAAUAUGCACACGUGAUUGGGAUCUUUGGAGUUCUUGGCUUAUUGCUAGGACUUUUCUUCUAUGCUAUCAUCUGGCAAAACACAGGUAGACUGGCUGCACAAGUGAUCAAGCUUGAAGUGGCAGAAGGGGCUAUACCCUUUGCUGCACUGUUCAAUGGUUGCUAUGGCGCGGAUAGAAAAGGACCGAAAUACGACCGACGACUACCAUACAGGCAGAUUGGAUUCGAGGAGACUGGAGGAAACUUUGGAUUUUGUAGUGACAUUGGAGGCGAGCAAGCUUGGACGUUUUCGAUUGGCUCCUCGUCAGAUCCUUGUCAUGAUUGGCAGGGAAGAACUUCACCAACAACCACAUAUGAUAUACUUGAACUAGCAGACAAUACUCAAUGGUUUUCCAUUGAUGGCAUUUCGCUUGGGAGUCUACAAAUUUCACGAGUGUUGAAUCCAACAUCUGAAUGCGAAAGAUUUAUCAUUGACAAUUCUGCAGAAAUAUGUGAGCAGCUGACUGUGGAAGGAUCAAUCGAUGCCAACCAAGAAGUGCCGCGAUCAACCUUCUUCUCCAAGGCCAUGGUGAACAGCAAGGAAGCCACAGCCUUUACCUACGAGGCUCUAGCGCAUCCGAUAUAUGUCGGAGCAUCUAGUACUCCUCAGAGCUUUGACCUCAUCUUCUUUACCGGACAAAGCUGGGUUCUCACAGACAAACUGAAGUCCAAGGCGUCAGGAAAUGACCUGUCGAUGCAGGAAUACAUGGACAACGACCCAGAAUUCUUGUCGAUUUUGAAUGCAACCAUAAGCGUUGGCGGCAACGUAAGUCUUGUUACCGGCUCAACGAUAGGCACACCGAAUUCACAUACGCCACUAGGCCUGCGAUGGUUUCGAAUGCGGGAACAGGACCCUAGAGUUCCUUACAACUACCCGACAGCAGAUUCAUCGAGGCCAGUGGAAAUGGUUGUAGAAUGCGCAACAUGCAACAACAGUACCAAUCCUUGCGGCUAUGGAGGCGUCUGCAGAGCGAAUCAAACAUGCGAUUGUAUAAAUGGAGGUUACGGAGCACUGUGCCAUCAAUUGCCACUGGGUGAUGCCUUCUGCAAUCCUUACUUUAACACGGAGUACUAUGAUUACGAUGGCGGUGAUUGCUGUGGUGGUUCCUGUCGAGGGCCACAGUGCGGUCUUGGCGGACUCUCUUUCGCGUUCGGUCUCGACAGUCAAGCGCAGGGAAUAGAUGAAUUCAAUAUUUUGGGAUAUGAGUUUUGCGAGGAUCCUAAGAUGGCAUCAGUGACAAUCGAGCUGAGAGAUUUUGAGAUUCUUGAUAGUGAAGAGUGGAAUGCGAUUGUAGGCUUUAGCGAUCCUUUCUGCAGCACCGCCACAGUCAAUGUCCGAUGCGAUGGUAUAACCUACUUGCACGUCCCUCAGCAUAUUUUGAUUAACGAAACGAAUUGCAAACGGAGCUAUGCAGAGACCAUCCGCGUGCCAUUCGGAUCCCGGUGUGAGCUAUCAACGAGCGCAAUUUGCUUGGGCGUCAUUUGCUUGGACCACAAUAUUGCUAUCUACUAUGGCCCUGAUACCACAUCAGUCCCAAUUCGAUCUGGAAGCGUGAGGAGUGAUACUCAGCUGUCAUUUGGGGUACCUUCAAAGUGUUUGACCGAGAUAUUGUCGGGUCGUAAUUUUUCGAUUUUCGAUCUAUCGACAGAACAGGGCACAGCGGCAAAUGUACUUUCCAACGACGAGUUAUCCGAAUUUUUAUGCAAUGACAACAGUGUGGCUGAGAAUCAGGGUUUUGUGCUCGAGCGUUUCGCUUUGGCAGUUUUCAACGCGUCAGUGCACUUCAACUCAUCGAACUGGGAACCAUAUCAAUGUCACGGGUUUGGCAUUCCAGCAUUCCAUACUGCAUGUUCUUUUUUUUCCAUCACGUCACUUGAAUUGGAAGCUGAUGCUGUUACACAAGUAGGGACGAUACCGACCGAGCUGUAUCUAUUGACCAGAUUAAAUAACCUCGUGUUACGAGGCAAUUCGUUUACCGGUACCAUUCCGACUACAUUGGGCUUGCUCUCGGAUCUCGGUGGUCUGGAACUCUGGGACAAUAAUUUGAGCGGACGUAUUCCAAGCGAAUUGGGAGCUCUCACGAAGCUAUCAGCACUUGCUCUAGCAUCGAACCGUUUGACAGGUCCCAUUCCGAAAGAAAUUCUUGGACUUCAGUUGACUGGGCUUUGGAUCGAUGACAAUGAAAUAACCGGAACAGUUUCGAGUCUGUUUGGCGCCAUGCCCUUGGUAACGCUGAGUUUGAGUGUGAAUCGUUUCUCUGGAACUCUACCACAGACUUUGUUCAACAUUUCGACGCUAUCUUCCUUCAAUCUGGCAUACAAUCGUAUAACAGGAAGCAUUCCGGAGGUCGGUGAUCUAAACUUGAAUACGCUUUGGCUGAACGACAAUCAAAUGACUGGUAGUGUACCAGCCGAUUUGACGGUCUUGGGAAAUUGCUCAUUAGCAAACAACAAUUUCACGGAUGGCACGGCACCCGCCAAUUGCGCUGUGUAG